AUGUUUUCAAAAUCAAUUUGUUAUGCCAAACGUGUUUUGUCUUUUUACUAAAUACACACGUUUUAAUUUUAAAAACAAUUUAAACUUGCAUGUAAAUUAAACAUAGUAGUGAGCAAAGUCAGUCUUCGCAAAAUGGACGAUUACUUGACCUGUCCCGACUGUGGGAUGUUUUUCAAGUCGGCGAAUCUAUUCAGCAAACAUCAAAGGGAGUUCUGCAUUGGAGCGGCCACAGUUCCAGGAAAUCUAAGCGGGAUGCCAUCUGGUCUCCAAAUGGGAACUAGUCGAAUUGGAGCGAAUGAUCUGUCCAAGAGAGGCGCAUUUGACGAAAAGGUCGAUGAGUUGUUGGCGUUGAAAAACCGAAAAGCGAGACAGCGGGAGGAAAAAGACAGACGAAUUUUGUCGGGAAGGAGCGAGGACUCUCGAGGUUCGGCGGAGGGUUCGAUUGAUGAGCAGAUUGAUCGACUUCAGGCCAAGAUAGACCAGAACACCUUCAUGUCACCAGGAAAAGGGGCGAGGCCCAAUGCAGGAAAGCGAACUCAAAUGUCUGAAACCAGGAGCAGAUUGGACAGUGCCAAAAUUGCUCUGGAACAUAAACGAGCCGAGAUAGCCCAGAAAGAGCAAGAGAUUGCAAACCGACUCGGCCAAUUAGCCCAAGGUAUUCAGCCUCCAGCCGUCGCUGCUCCCGAAACAGACGUUGCAAUUGCCAGGGCCUUGGAACAACAACAGGAAAAAUACAAUCGAAUGAUCCAGGAUCUGAAAAAUGAGGUCGAUGAUUUGAAAAAGUCCACGACUCCGCCUUUUGGUCAUGACCCUCUGGCAAACCCCGCGGCUACGUCACGUGACCCAAAGGUCAUAGAAUCUAUGAACUUGGUGGUUGAACUUCAAGGUCUGAAGAAGAACUAUCUGGACAACGGUGGGGAUGAUCAGAGGUUUCUGAAGCAGAUUGAUGAUACAAUUAAAGAGGCGAUUCAGUUCCAAGCGGACGGAAAUGGAGAGGCGCUGGCUAGUUACAGAAGCCAGAUGCAACAACAGCCAGAGGCGAGUGGACCACUCGAAAAUGAUCCGAUCACUCAAAAGUUCAUGGAGUACGAGCUUGAAAACAAGCGACUAAUGCAACAUUUGGACGAACUACGCAACCCACGAGACCCAGAGACAGAAGAGAUGCGGAAGAUGCAAAAGAGUCAUGCUCUGAACAUGAUGCGGAUGCAACAAGAGAUGGAGCUCAUGCGACACCAGGCAGAGAUGAUCAAACUCAAGUCACAAAUAUACGGCACCAAACCAGAUCCCCAGGAGCACGCAAUUGGUCUGGGAUUCCCGAUGCCCGCAAUGCAGUUUGUAGGAAACGCGCCAAAACCCGAGAACGCCGGAUACUUCGGGACAGCCGGGACAACAAUGCCUAAUCUUCCGCCGGCACCUUUCGAUCCGGCCGCCGGAUUUCUAGUUUACUACGACUUCGUUUUGAACAUCGAUGUCCGAUAUCGAAGUGUCCGCCUUGUAGUCGUGUUGUUACGGGGGAACUCGGAGUUCGGAAGUGAACAAGUUCUCGGGCUGCGUGAGUGUCAGAUGACUCAACUAAACAGCACUGCCGGGUUUUAUCCACAACAUAUCAUGUUUUCAUUGGUGGGAACCGAACAGGUCAUUAGCAACAUCCAGCCUUCGGAAAACACGACGAUCCUCGUUCAAGUUCAGGCGACUUCAAGUAUGACGUCAGAUUUGGAGACGAUAGCUUGGACUAAAGUUCUUCUGUUUGACGACCAGCUGCGACUCAUUUCUGGACGGUGGAAACUUCCGCUGCGGAAACUUCCAGUGCGACCAGAAACUACACCCCGAGAGCUGAACACAAUUCCACAGGAGGGAGGCAUGGAAUUGUUUUAUCGACUGGUGAACUACAGAGACAAGGGAACCCAAAACGGAGUCCGAUUCGGACCCCAGCAUCAUCAGGAGUACCAGUAUCCCACUAUCAAUCUUGACGGGAUCGGAGCUUCGUACAUUCCUCUGAAUUACAACUCAAUGGUCAAUCGAGGACCACAGCAAGCAGCUGCAGGACCUCCCGCGGCAGGAGGUGGGGGAGGUCGCUCCUACAAGAACCCAACGAUAGUUUACAAACCAGCAGGAGCCGGCAGAGGGAUCAUGUCCGAUUCUUCUGGGGUUGGGAGAAGAGGCAAUCAACCGAUGACGGGGGGUGCUCCGAAACCACCUUCGAUGCCACCGCCUACCACUACUGAUGAUUUCUCAGAAGCACCUCCGCCAGCUCUAUCUGGCAGACUGAACUACGGCAAGGGUCUCACUUCCAUAUCUGGAGAACCCAUUCCUGUUACCCUGGCCUUGGGAUACCUCAAAAAUGUCCCCCCGGGCGAGGCCAAAGUGAGGCUGACUAUGUACAGUCGCACGACGGGGGAGUACGUGAACAGUCCGUUCGGCCCUGUCACUAUGACGUCACGUAGUGUGCUCUCCACUUACAUGGACAACUAUCACAUGUUCGGGAAGGAACAGGUGCGGUUCGAUGACGUCACACCAGCGAGGGAUCAGAUAGUGGUGGCGAGAGUCUACUUGAGACCACAGGUCAAGCCGGGUCAGGACGAGGCCAAAGCCUAUAGAGAGGAGUCGCGCAUUCUGGACGACGAGCAGGUGGUAGCAUGGGGAGUAGUGCCGGUGAUGACCGAGUACGGAGACAUGAAUGCCGGCACCCAUCUGUUGCCUCUCUUCCAGAUUCCAGUGCCAGAGGCCACUGAGAUGCCCGUGGGGAAAGACGAGUUCGCUCUAGCGCGUCGAGGUGAGUUCAGACGGUACGGGACAGCUGAGCUGAACAUGAGUCUCUACACCAUCGGGUCACUGCCCAGAGUAGACGAGGGGGACUCAGACGACGACUACAUACCCGACCCCCCUCAGCUGGACGACUACGCUGACAUGCACGAGCGUCCCUUCAUCCAAAACAUCCGAGAGAUUCCCCUCUCCCAGCCAUUUGUGUCUGGCCAGGGAUUCGAUCUCUACAUCGACGGUGCCAGAUUCCUUCCAGACACUGUCACUAUUUCCAGAGUCACUGGGCGCAUUUUCGACCACAGAUACUCGGAUAAAGUGGUGGCCCAGAGCAUUUCGACUGGUAUAAACCUGGACAGUGAUAUUUAUAACCCGGAUUAUAACUACAGAGUUGAGUUCAGAGACAUCGCAUUUCCUCCUUCGAGCACACUGCUGGUUAAGUUGUACACCAUAGACCGACACACAAGACAACUUACCAUCAUUGGCUAUGCCACUCUCAACAUCUUCGUGGAAUCUGGGUCCCAAAAGCAGCCAACCAACGACGCUUUAGGCACUCAGGUGUCUUUAAACGAAGGAGGUCAUCAGCUGAGGUUGUUCCACCAGGCCCCAGAUGCACUCAGACCCCUCAGUGUUGCCUCCAUCCCGGAGAGACACCGCUUCAUCCCCUGUGCCAGUCUCCUAGUCCGAUUGGUCAAAGCACCCACUGGACACGACGGCACACCUCUGCAGGCACUCCGAGUACCACAAGUGGACCAUGCACGACUGGGAUUGUGGGUGCAGAAACCGGACUACGCCUCGGGAUUCUACUUCACGGAGAGAGCGGAACCCACCAGUGGGGAGAAGAAAAUGCUCAGGGCCAUGGCCAAGAGGAGGUACGUGACUGUUCGGGAUGCCAUUAGUUUGAUUGCGGAUGGGGAAGAGAAGCGGCUUGGCACGGAUCAGCACAUCGAAGCUUGGAUCAGGAACCACUUGACGCGUCUUAUGGAUACAACUCCUGCAGAUCAUACCAUACACCACAUCACACCUUACUUGCCUCACUACGGGUUCAAGAUCGCCUGUGACGCUGCAAUGAAUCUUCCAUGGAGUCGCUUCACCCAUGCCAUGAUACUCUUGAAUCCUCCUGGAGCCUUCUAUUACGGUGGCGAUUAUGCUCGUUACGAUAGGAUCAGCUACACGACUAAAUUGGUGUGGGACGAGGGUAUUAAGAGUCCCAUUUGGGUAGACGACUUCAAAGUGUUCCGAAACAGGGCUUUCAACUCAAACCUCAACUUCAUCAUACAUCUACAGGAGAUUGAUGUGAAGCCGGUGGGUAAGAACUACAAGUACCAACUGCAGGAACAGGCCUGGACUUCAGUCAACGUCUUCUCUCUAGACUACGUCGUCAGCCAGUCAUUCCAGCUGCCACUCCUUGAGGGAGCACCCAGUCUCGAAGUGUUGCAGAAGUUGAGACAGUACCCAGCAAAGGAUGUGUUGCGGGACAUGGCAUUCCAGAAGAAGGUCAAGUUCAUAGACGGGGCCAGUGUCUUCAUCCGCAUAGCCGACGCUCGCAGAGAUGAAGAACUCGAACCCAUGGAAUUCACAAACACCGAAUACCUUCCCCCGGACAAGGCCUCAUUUUACAUGAAGAAGCUCCCGUCGCAGCCCCUCAGAACCCUGAUACCCCAGGGCAAAAACCCCGACGCAUUCCAGAGAAGUCUGGCAACUCGAUUCGUAGAGCUCGUGGAUAAACUAAUAGAGGACAAUGACCCGUACCGUUUGGGGUACACGUGAUAAAACAAGCAGUUACGCAGCUCACAAUAACCGAGGGAGCCAAAAACUUUCAGACAGCUUCGAAGAAUUUAAUAGAUAUGGUCUAAAUUGAAUUGUUUUAUUCUAGAAUUAACAAAGUUUUCACCUUGGA